AUGGCGGCAGGCGGCCUGGCGGGGCUCCUGCCCGCCCAGACCCAGCUGGAAUACGCCCUGCUCGACGCCGACUCUGCCCAGGAGAAGGAGAACUUGGUCUACCAGUACCUGAAGAAGAUGGACAGCCGGGAGCGGGACCUAACGGUGCCCGAGCUCGGCGAAGAUCUACAAUGGUUAAACACUGAAGGUCCUAUUUCUCUCCACAAAGACCUUUGUGGAAAAGUUGUGGUGUUGGAUUUCUUUACGUACUGCUGCAUCAACUGCUUGCACCUGCUGCCUGAUCUCCACGCAUUAGAGCAAGAGUACUCUGAUAAAGAUGGUCUUAUUAUUGUUGGUGUCCAUUCAGCGAAAUUCCCAAAUGAAAAAGUUCUGGAUAACAUUAAAAGUGCUGUGCUGAGGUAUAAUAUUGUCCACCCUGUAGUAAAUGAUUCAGAUGCAACGCUGUGGCAUGAGCUAGAAGUGUCCUGCUGGCCAACGCUGGUCAUUCUUGGCCCUCGUGGAAACAUGCUCUUUUCACUUGUUGGAGAGGGACACAGAGAGAAGUUGUUUUUAUUCACUUCUAUAACACUGAAAUUCUACAAGGAAACAGGACAAAUCAAAAAUAACAGCAUUGGAAUAAAGCUAUACAGAGACUCCCUCCCACCUUCUCCCUUGCUGUUUCCUGGCAAAGUGACCGUAGAUCAUUCAGGAGAAAGGCUGGUAAUAGCAGACACUGGACAUCACAGGAUUUUGGUUACUCGAAAAAAUGGACAAAUUCUACACGCUAUUGGAGGUCCAAACAGUGGAAGGAGAGAUGGAAAAUUUUCAGAGGCAGCUUUCAACUCACCUCAAGGGAUUGCUAUAAAAAAUGAUGUUAUUUAUGUAGCUGAUACAGAAAAUCACCUAAUUAGAAAGAUUGACCUGGAAUUAGAGAUGGUGACCACCGUAGCAGGCAUUGGAAUACAAGGUGUUGAUAUGGAAGGUGGAGCAAAAGGAGAAGAACAGCCUAUCAGCUCUCCGUGGGAUGUGGUCUUCGGAAAUUCAAUUUCAGGGACCCAGGAAGAUGAUGUUUUAUGGAUAGCAAUGGCAGGCACUCAUCAGAUAUGGGCACUGAUGUUGGAAGGUGGAAAACUACCGAAGGGAAGUGAUUUAAAGAAAGGAAUCUGCCUUCGCUUCGCUGGGAGUGGAAAUGAAGAGAACAGAAACAACGCGUACCCACACAAGGCAGGCUUUGCACAGCCUUCGGGUCUCUCUUUGGCUCCUGAGGAACCAUGGAACUGCCUUUUUGUAGUGGAUAGUGAGAGCAGCACUGUGCGAACCAUUUCCCUGAAAGACGGAGCAGUGAAGCACCUUGUAGGAGGAGAGAGAGAUCCAUUGAAUUUGUUUGCCUUUGGUGAUGUGGAUGGAGCAGGCAUAAAUGCAAAGCUGCAGCAUCCCUUAGGAGUAACGUGGGACAAGAAAAGAAAACUGCUUUAUGUGGCGGAUUCCUAUAAUCAUAAGAUUAAGGUUGUAGAUCCCAAGAUGAAGAACUGUGCUACCCUGGCUGGCACAGGAGAAGCAAGCAAUGUUAUUGGUUCCAGCUUUACACAGUCAACUUUUAAUGAACCGGGCGGUUUGUGUGUUGAAGACAAUGGCCGCUUGAUGUAUGUUGCAGACACAAAUAAUCAUCAGAUUAAAGUGCUGGAUUUGGAAACAAAAAUUCUUUCCAUGUUGCCUAUCCUGAGUCCAGAAGCGUGCGAUGUUCCAGAUAACCUGCCUGUGCAAAAGGAUAAAAUAACAAACCUUCCAAAACUGCCUAAAUCUGCACCAAAUGUUCAACUUCCUUCACUAGCUGUCGCUCCUGGCCAGACAAUUCAGUUUUUAUUAAAGCUGACUCUUCCUCCAGAUUCAAAACUGAAUGAAGAAGCACCCAAUUCCUGGUUUAUCACAGCAGAAGAUAAUACCUGGCUGCUUCAAGGCCAGUGUCUGUCUGGAGAAAUAAAGGAUGUUUCCUGUCAAACCAUCAUUCCCUUCCAGUUGCCCAGGAGCUGUCUGUCAGCUGAAGCUACCCUGGCUGUCAAAGCGUGCCUCUACUACUGCAGCAAAGAUAGCAGCGCCUGCAUGAUGAAAGGAAUCUCAUUCAGUCAGCCUUUACAGAUAACCAGUACAAACCCAGGCAGCUUGACUCCAGUUGAACUGAUACACACAUUUUUAACCAACUAA